ACGUCAAGUCUCCGCCCCUUCGCAUAAAAUGCGGCAACGCGGAACGAGGCAGUCUUUCAGCUUUCCAUCGCAGCAGCGGAAGUCCGAGAUCUCGCAGGACAAAAAUUAAGAGUCAUGGCAGAUGAGCGCACCUUUAUUGCCAUCAAGCCUGAUGGUGUUCAAAGAGGCAUCAUUGGCGAGGUCAUUGCAAGAUUUGAGAGGAAAGGUUUCAAACUUGUGGCCUUGAAAAUGAUGCAAGCGUCAGAGGAUCUGCUGAUGCAGCAUUAUAGUGACCUGAAAAGUCGUCCAUUCUUCCCUGAUCUUGUCAAUUUCAUGAGUAGCGGCCCGGUGGUUGCCAUGGUGUGGGAAGGCAAGGGUGCUGUUAAGACUGGCAGGGUAAUGCUCGGUGAAACCGACCCAGCAAACUCCAAACCUGGAACAAUUAGAGGAGACUUCUGCAUCGAUGUCAGCAAAAACAUCAUCCAUGGAAGUGACUCGGUUGAGAGUGCAACAAAGGAGAUUGCCCUGUGGUUCAAAGAAGACGAGCUCACCUGCUACACGAGCUGUGCAUCCAGCUGGAUCUAUUGAGCACAUUCCUUAAAUGCCCCUUAUCCAAUUUUACACUAGUAGUUAUUUCAGACUGUACUGUGAUUUUAGGGUGCAUUUAUUUUGCUGACAUUCCAUUCCUUUGUGUGAUGAUGGCAUUGACAAAUUUGUACUGCAAAAUAAAUGGUCAUGUUGCAGACUAAA